UGCGCGGUGUCGCACUUCGGGUAACUGACGUUGUCAGUCGGGCUGUCGAUCCAUGGUGCCGCUGCUGAGCAGAAAAACGGAGAAAAGACUUGUAAAUUGGCACCAGAAAGAGAAAUAACUCGAUUAAACAUAAACCCUCAAGAGGAAUAAACCGGUUCUAGGCCCUAUACACUGAGUGUAACUUUGGGCAGCAGCGAUGUCAGGCGCCUAUGAUGACUCCAUGAUCGAUGUCUCCAGUGAUAGCUUCUGGGAGGUUGGUAACUACAAACGUACAGUGAAACGGGUAGAUGAUGGCAAUCGGCUCUGCAAUGAUCUCAUGAACUGUCUUCAUGAGCGUGCACGUAUUGAAAAAGCCUAUGCACAGCAGCUCACAGAAUGGGGAAAGCGUUGGCGGCAACUCAUAGAGAAAGGCCCUCAGUAUGGUACGUUGGAGCGAGCGUGGUCUGCUCUAUGCACCGAGGCCGAGAAGGUGAGUGAACUCCACAUGGAGGUGAAAGCAGGACUGAUGGGAGAAGACUAUGAGAAGCUGAAGAACUGGCAGAGAGACUCCUACCACAAGCAGAUGAUCGGUGGCUUCAAAGAGACUAAAGAGGCAGAGGAUGGCUUUCGCAAGGCUCAGAAACCCUGGGCUAAGAAACUCAAAGAGGUGGAGACGAUGAAGAAAUCUUACCACUCUGCCUGCAAAGAAGAGAAGCUGGCAGCCAGCAGGGAGACCAACAGCAAACUGGAGAACAACAACAACCCUGAAGCCCAAAAGAAACUCCAGGAAAAGGUGGAGAAGUGUCAGCAGGAGGUGCAGAAGACUAAAGAACGCUAUGAAAAAUCGCUUGAAGAGCUCGACAAGUUGACCCCUCAGUACAUGGAGAACAUGGAGCAGGUGUUCGAGCAGUGGCAGCAGUUUGAAGACAAACGAAUUCGCUUUUUCAGAGAGCUACUGCUGGAGGUCAAACAGCACUUGGACCUUUCAUCCAAUCACAGAUUCCAGACUGUUUAUCACACGCUUGAAGACACAAUCUCUGCUACGGAUGCUGAAGAGGACCUAAAAUGGUUCCGGUCCAAUCACGGCCCUGGAAUGCCAAUGAACUGGCCCCAGUUUGAGAAUUUGGACUGGUCCCAUCCUCGCUCCUUUAAGAGAAGGUCCAUUGUAGACUGGUCCAUAGACCUGAACCGAACCCUCAGCAGACGAGAAAAGAAGAAACCGUCAGAAGGCGUCACGCUGACAGGCAUCAGUCAAACUGGGUCAGACCAGCCUGUUCAGCCUGCCAAGUCCAGCAGCAGCCUGACUGUGCCCGCUAGUACAGCGCCAGCGGGUUCGAACCCGUUUGAAGAUGAUGAUGAGGAGGAGGAGGAGGAGCAAGAGGCCGUGGAGCAGCAGACCACAGUCAACCACAUCAGUGUGAAUAAAGAGGAAAUAAAAACCGCGAGCAGUAUGGAAAAGACUCCAGACUGGUCGGAUGAAGACACAGGCGGUAACCCUUUCUCUGCCAAUGGUGAUGGUAACCCGUUUGAAGAGGAGCCAACCUCUCCGGUUAUAUCUGUGCCUGUCAGAGCCCUGUAUGACUAUGAAGGACAAGAGCAGGAUGAGCUGAGCUUCAAAGCAGGGGAUGAGUUUACCAAAAUUGGUGAGGAAGAUGAUCAGGGUUGGUGCAAAGGCCGACUCAAGGCUGGACAAAUAGGCCUGUAUCCUGCUAACUAUGUGGAAGACAUCCAGUAAUGAAUCAUCACGGAUGAAAUAAAUGUGAAGAAAGAAGACGAUAAUGUUAUAUGAGACUUGACAGUGCAGAUGGAAACGUGAGGCUCAAGACCUGUUUUCACCUCUUUUCUCCCUGAUGGUGAAGACUGGAUUGGAGUGGGAGAAGGACAGGGAAGAGAGGUAGCAGAUGACAAAAGGACCACUUAAGAUAUUGUUGCUUCUUACAGAUUGACCCUCGUGCAAAAGUGGAAAUUAACCACGAGUUUCCAGAUGAUUCCAGGAUGAUCACAGAGAACAGUUGCUGUCAGUGUAAGAUAUAUGUUACUUUGAAUCCAUUUAUGCUGUUACAGAAAUUGCUACUCAAGUAUAUAUUAGAUGAGACUCAAUGAAAUGUAUGUGUGAAUUUAUAUUUAAACAAAACACUGGGAUGACAGUCUGACAAAUCGUCUUGCAAUGUUCCAUGCAGCCUUAAUAUGCAAGCGACUUUUUAGUUCAUUAAGGGAGAUGAAUCUGGUUUUUUUUUUUCACGAUAAUAAACCAUUUCUUUUGAUGGAAUUCAGUCCAUAAAUGUUUAAUAAAUGUCAGAUUUUUCUUGAAAAAAUAGAACCUUAUGUUGAGACGUUUGUCAGAACUUGAUUUUAAACGAGUCCUUACAUUGUUCCUUCCGGGGUUUUGCUUUUUCAUUCAAUCCAUUACUGUUCUGGUUAUUUUAGAAGGAGUGAUGAUCAGUUGGGUCUUUUUCUUAUAUCGUCUUCAUUCAUUAGGCUGUAUCAUGUAGUCCCUGCAGUUGAAUGUAUAUUUACUGAUGGUAUUUCUCACUUAUUGAUUGUUCACUGUUGCUGAUGUUGCAACCACUGACCUGCCCCCUCCUGAAAAACUGUCCUUUCACAUAAAUCUCUACUUUCUGUCGAUGAUAGAUUGUAAAACUUUAUGGAUUUUUCUCAUGCAACACUGAAAGUUUAUCUGACUUGAAUUGUCAUGUUUUAGUUCUCACUUCUUGACAAAUGUCACGUCAUGGGAGAAUAUUUUAGUGCUUCGAAGAUAUAUUACAAGUUAUAGCAAUAAAACCACAGACAAUGGUAUUGCAUACAUGCAUGUAAAUAGCCUGGAUUUAACAGAACAAAUGAAGCAUUGCGAUCAGAUGAUAUGCAGUUGGAAAUUGAUGAUUGUUAAUUUAUGAUGCCACAAGUGCUUUUGUUCUACUCCUGUUAGAAUGCUGUGAUUGAGAAUCAGUUUGUACAUUAAUUGAAUGUUUUAUGACAAAUAUCCCUUGAAUCUAUUAUUUUGUUAUAAUUGUAAAUAUGUUUCUUCCUUCCCAGCGGGCCAUAUGCAUUUAAUUAAUCAGCAAAUACUAUGUGAAUAAUUGUUAAUUUUUUCUUAGGAGCUAUGACAUAAAUGGAUACAACUUUUUUCCCUAGCUUAAAUACACAUUUUGAUCAUUAGAUAUUUUAUCAGAUUGUGUUUUUGCAGAGAUGAACUGCAGACUUUUCACAGCUCUAAAUUCAUAAAUGCCUAAUGUAUGAGUUAAAACAUUUUUAGAAAGUGCUAUUUCAUGCCUUUAACUGCAGCAGGAGAGGAAGACGACUUGGUUGUCUUUUAACAGUGAGAAAAAGGUUUUCUUGCCAUGUUUUCAGGGCGUGCUGCUGUCAAAACGCAGCAACAACUGUACUUGCACAGUAAGAUUUGUAAAUGUUGUCCCACAACAUAAUAAAUGAAUUUAUUGGAAAAAUA